AACCUCACCAACAAACACAGCCAGCCCAUCAUGUCGGAUGCAGAGGGCGCAACGCCUUCCGAGGCAGCAAUCACCAACAAGCUGCGCGAUAUUGUCAUCGCCAUCCACAAGUCUGGCAAGACGGAUGACUUGACCGUCAAACGCGUUCGCGCGCGCGCCGAGAAGGAGCUAGGCCUAGACGAGGGCUUCUUCAAGACCGACGCGAGCUGGAAGGAAAAGUCGCAAAAGACAAUUGUAGAUGCAGUGCCCACUCCCACCAAGGCAGCACCCAAGCCGAAAGCGAAGCCUGCCCCAAAGAAAUCCAAACCUGCUACCGAGAGCCCUCGCGGUGUAAAGCGAAAAGCUGAUGCGCCUGUAAAGAAGCCCAAGAAGCGCGCCAAAUCUGAGUCUGAAGAGUCCGGGGCUGGCCUCUCGGAACCUCCUGCUGAAAUAUCCGACGCUGAAAGCGACCCACCAAAGAAGCCCGCAAGGCGCGGUAAAAAGGUUGUCGCAGAAGACUCGGACGAAGACGAUGUGCCCGAGCCAUUGCCAAAGCCAAGUGCCGCCGCCGCUGAUGAUGACGAGGAGGCAGAGACUGCACCCCCAAAGGCGUCAGACACAAAGGGAGACGUGUCCGACAGCGACCUUUCAAGCGUCAUUGACGAGGAACCCGUCAAGAAGAAGAAAAAGACCCCAGCAGCGAAAGGCAAGAAAGAAAAGGUUCCACCAAAAGCGAAAGCAACACCCAAGUCCAAGGCCCAGGACGAUCCCGAUACUGCAGAGGUUAAGCGCCUACAAGGUUGGUUGGUCAAAUGCGGCAUCCGCAAGGUCUGGUCUCGCGACCCAGAGCUCUCAAAAUGCAACACAUCCAAAGACAAGAUCCGCGUCCUCAAAGGUUGGCUGAAAGACGUCGGCAUGGAUGGCAAGUAUUCCAACGAAAAGGCUGCAAAGAUCAAGGAGAAGAGAGAGUUUGCAAAAGAUCUCGAGGCUAUCCAAGAAGGUGAACUAGCAUGGGGAAAGACAAACGAGGUCACAGCCACUGGAAGGCCAAGUCGGAGAGCUGCUGCAAGGCCAGUGCCCCAACAAAAGGUUGUGCUUGAAGACGACAGUGAAGAAGAGGAUGGUACUGAAGCUGAUGAUGACGACGACGACGACGAUGAUGAUGUCGAAGUUGACUCAGGUGACGACGAUGACGGUGAUAAGAGCGAGGAUAGUGCAGGUGACGACUCAGAGUAAUCAUUCUUGCCCGCUUUCGAACAUGAUGCUCUCUUUUCCAGCCCUUCAUACAUGUAGCUUAGCCACUCCUUCUCAGCGUGUUCGUUUAUUGAUACCCACGAACAAAAUCUCAGCUGUUUCUUCUCAAUCACCCAAUCUAUCUUGUUCCAU